AAGGAUGUGACCUUUUCUAAGACAAUUCAUAUUCUUUGGACAAACAAACACAGCGUUUACUAAAAUACAUUUUAACAAACAUUUUUACAUCGGCAUCAUUUAAGAAGAAAAAAUGGGCUGUACCACUUUGGGCCAGCAGUGUAAGCCAGCGACGUCACCAUAAAUAGCUAGCUUGCCAGUUGUUUUGAGAGAAGAAAAGGGUACAGGCGGAAGAAAUACCGGUUUUGGUGUCGGUUUUUACACGUUUUAUAGUCACGGUUUAGCUUUUUUUAACAUUUUGAAGAAUGUCGACUCCGGCUCGAAGACGGCUUAUGAGAGAUUUUAAAAGACUUCAAGAAGACCCCCCUACCGGCGUGAGCGGAGCGCCAUCUGAGAACAACAUCAUGCUUUGGAAUGCUGUUAUUUUCGGGCCUGUGGGAACGCCAUUUGAAGAUGGAACUUUUAAGCUUGUGAUAGAGUUUUCAGAAGAGUACCCAAACAAGCCACCCACAGUUAGGUUUGUCUCCAGAAUGUUUCACCCAAAUGUUUAUGCAGAUGGAAGUAUAUGUUUAGACAUCCUUCAGAACCGUUGGAGCCCCACAUAUGAUGUCUCGUCCAUACUUACCUCCAUCCAGUCGUUGUUGGACGAGCCGAACCCCAACAGCCCGGCCAACAGUCAGGCUGCACAGCUCUAUCAGGAAAACAAGAGGGAGUACGAGAAGAGGGUGUCCGCCAUCGUGGAGCAGAGCUGGGUGGACAUCUGACCGCAGCGAGGGGCCGCAGACUCCUCUUUCACUCCAUACUUCUCCCUCUCUUAUCACCCUCUUCAUCAUCCCAGUACUUCAAUCGUUCAUUUUUACCUCAUCAACAAAAAGACGACAGCGACGACGACAUCCGACAACUCAAGUGCCACCCGGGGGAGGGGGGAUAAUAAAAACACAUUCAGACAACAACCGAACCAGAAUGGACUUUUAAGUUGCUUGCCAAUACAUUUUGAGGAAAAAUGAGGGGAGCGGGGAAUCAAUCUUAUAUUUGUGUUUCUUGUCCUUAAUUUUUCUUUUUUUAUUGCAUGAUGUGAAAUAAGUUAUUGCUAACAGAAUUUGUAAUAUAUCUUUUUUGUUGUUUGGUUGGAUUGAUGCUGUUCGUGCUUUUAGUUUUUACAGAUUUUUAUUGUUUUAUUUUGUAAUGUCUCCUGGUGUGAAAACAGCUGGGCUGCUUUGAAAGAGUUGGUUGAUGACCAAAAUCAGCGUUAUCGCAAAAAGAAUUACGACACUGUCAUGUGGAUCUGGCUACACGUUUCAGAAUCCUUAUCACCGUUAUUCUCCAAGCACACUCCACAUACCAAGGAAUUUGUCCAGAUAAGAAACCAACAAACGGAGCAGCUUCCCCUCGUUUGUCUCAAAGUUAUUUUUUCAUGUUUGAAGAGACGCUGAAGGGUUUACACAAGCCGGCGUCACGGACCACAGCGCUGCCAAGUCUCACAGGCACUCGUGAAUCAUGACUCCCCAGCGAGUCUGCCCCGAGCUUUUAUUUUCUGCUCCGAGGCAGGGAGUGACAUUUGAGACUAAGUAUUAUGGGGAGAUGAGGCAGAUAUCAAGCCUGAGAUGGGACAGGAGAAGUUUGGGCCUACGAUCCCAAAGAGGGGAGCAGGGUCAGUGAAAACAGCUGCAGGCCUCCUCAAGCAAACUGAAAGAACUGUUGAAUUUUUAUUUGAAGUAUUAUAUUUUCCAUAAGUUAGACCAGCUAGCAGGCAAAGCAUGACUAAUAAUGACUAUUGAGAUUUGAGGCUUCACUCUGGCCACUGUUACCUCCUGUUGCUAGAGAAUAAAUUCUCUUCUAAAUCAACAUGAGAAUAAAUCUUACCAAGCCGGGAUCUGUCAAUGAUGUGUAUCUUUUCAGGAUACAGGGUGGUGAAGUCAAGGAGCUUCUGAGAUAAGGGAUUCACCACUGAAGUAGCGAUCAGGUUGUCAGUUUGUUACAGUUGCUCCUUUACACACAGCAUCACCUUGAGGUAGAGAAGCUGAAGGUCAAGAAAAGGGUUGGGGAAUAUAUUGGGGGACUGGGCAGAGUGCUCUCAUGUCAAUCUCUGCUUUGAAGCAGCUCAUUCAAGCCUGUUCAGAUAUUUAGAUUCUUGUUAGAUGUUUUAGCGCUUAUUUUCUGCUGAUGCUUUUAACACAGCUCACAAUUUGCCUUUGGAGAUGGAGGUUAAAUGCACCAGUACGUCAUCACUGUACUUUAAAAAAAAAGGUUAAAGUUAACUAUUUUCCUUGUAACUGUUCCUUUGACACCCUCUCAAGCCUCAAGCCUCUAAAGCACUUUUGCCGCUUUGUAAUGCCGCCCGCCGCAGAAAAUAAAUGACUUGCGGACGCUAUGGUGCCUGUGACGUGUGGCAGUGUGAAUGAAGUGUCACUGCUUUUGAUCCUGGUCUCACAAUUAUACAGCUGAAGUACAAAACUGUGCAAACAAGCAGCGCAGCCCAGCGCCUGUACUCCACUUCCAAAUGGGAGCACUUUGGUUUCUCCAGCAAUUAAAUGCCGCGGAAGCUGACACAAGACUGACCAAAUUUACAAGCUGUCAAUUUGAAGCCACUUUUGACAGUGUGACAUCAACUUUUUCCCAAAGGCCUUGGUUGUUUUCAUGCCUGAAUUUGUUUCUUAGAUGUAUGUGGUACCCAGUUAAAAGGCAACUUGAGAUGAAUAUAGAACCAUGACUUCACUCUCUCCAAAAACCUACAGCUAAAAACUCCAUGGACAGCAGUCUUCAUAAAAUGCAGAGCUCUCUUUUUCUGAGACAGUAUAGGUCAUAUUGUGGCUAGUGAUUUAUUUCACCUAAUAAGCAGAAGGGAUAUGUUAUAAAGUUUUGUGAAUUUACUGAAAAAAAAAAGAAAAAACAAUGUAUACUUAUAACAAUAUGCUGUAUAAACAUAAUAAAAACACAUUUUUCAGACUUUGA